AUGCAUACCAUCACCACCUGCCACACUGAGACUACUGCUGACUCGGUUAGGCUCCAGGUCAAGGCCCUCCUCGCCCUUGCCCUUGCCCUUGCCCUCACCCUUGCCCUUGCCCUCUCCUCCACCAUCCUCAUCCACCAGUUCUUGCUCCUUAAGGCUGUCUACACCAUCUACACCGUCUUCCUCAUGUCUACCGACCCCACCAACCAGACCGCCGCCCAAGGUGGCCUCACCCAGAUGGUCCACCACAUCUUCUCAUGCAGCAAGGUUACCCCGCCUGUCGCUGCAAAGUCCAUUGCGUCACUUGCGUCUAAGGCCAACAACGCUCCAUCCGCAAAGUGCGACUCGUUCUCGCCGUCCAUGCUGGACACCAAGCCACCGCGCACGCUGCCGUCCUAG